AUGGCUCUACAGAUCAAACUAAGACAGUAUUUAGAUGCCGACCCUGCUACAUUCGAACCUGGUGAAACUAUCAGCGGAAGUGUCGUCUAUAGAACUAUCAAGCAGCGCUCGAUACAGCAUGCCGCCAUCUCGUUCGAUGGCAGUAUCAAGAUUGAAUACAUCCCUACGGGUCAAAACAAUGCCGGGCUAGGGUUUGCCUCAGGACCACGACGACCAAACAAAUACAGGAAUACAUUGAUAGAUGAUCGCGUUACGCUUUUCGAGGGACCAUACGAUGUCCCACCUCAAGUCUUCGAGUGGCCUUUCGAGUUCACCAUUCCACAAACGUGCAGACUAAUAGCGGACGGAGAAUCUAUCGAGCAGAUGAGAUCUGUGUCCCCUAACACAACAGCUCCUGGCGAGGACGUAUUGCCACCUAGCUAUGUUUGGCACCAUCAAACCAUAGGCCGUAACGCACGUGUAGACGUUGUCUACAAAUUAUCUGUCGAUGUCAAAUGUAGUGGACUUCUCAAUAACGACUCUAUAGAACGUGUCGUCACUAUUCGACAACAGCAAGGUCACCCUAUAUCUUCUACUGAUCAGAAGCCGACGCGUUGCGAUUUCCCGUCCAUAUCGUGGGCUAGCAACAGUCUGCGUCCUCCAGGAGAGCGGGUAAGCUUCAAACAGAAGAUGAAGUCAACCUUUAGUAGCGAUCCUGCACUCAAACCACCUAGCUUGUCGUUCAAAGCUGCUGCCUAUCUCCCACAUAACAUUGGACUAAGUCAGCGUUUCAAGAUAGGAAUGUCGGUGGAACAACAGAAACUGGCUGAACACGACUCAGAAGAUCCAUCCUUGCUACUCGAAAAGAUGAGCUUGACGUUGAAAACGCACACUACCAUAGCAGUACCAAAAACCGGCUUGUUCACACAAGAGCGCCUCUGCCAGGGCGAAGAAAUCCUAGCUCAGCAUGAAGUACUCUUAGGCAACAAUGGGAUCGAUCUGCCGACAGAUGGACGGCUGGUGGAUGCAGCAGACGGCUUGUGCCUGCAAGACUGGCUAAAGGAUGACCACAAAAAGAUACUUGCAAGCCUUGAGACGUCUAUACUGCACGUUGGGUACAGGCUUGCAGUCGACAUCAUACUCCGACAUGAAAAGACGAACAAGCAGUUUCGAUUGGGCACGCAAGGUCCAUUUGCACUUUUUAACACAGUCGAAUCAGCACAAGGAAAAUCGAAUUAUGGUAUCAGUGAGCAAGAAGAAGCUUUACCGACUUAUACAGCGAAACCACAGUAA